AUGUCACCCUCACCCCUAACAACAUCCCCCGAGAUCCUAUCUCUCCUCAAAGACCUCCACACAAAAUCCCUAACCCAAGAAUCGACCGUGGACUGGCACACUCUACCGCAACAAUGCAGUGCCGAAUUCGACUCCAUCAUGCUGGACAAGUUCAUCGCUCUCGACCAGGAUAAGUGCGAACUAGUCUACCACGUCCUGCGCACUAUCAAUGCAAAGACGGUCGUUGAGGCUGGCACCAGCUUCGGUGUUAGCACCAUCUACCUAGCACUUGCUGUUGCAGAGAAUGCGAAGCGCGUUGGCGCUACCACUAAGCCGCGGGUUAUCGCUACCGAGAAAGAGGAGUCCAAGGCUAAUAUUGCUCGAGAGCAUUGGGCGACUGCUGGCAAGGACGUUGAGGAUGUUAUUGAUCUCCGUGUUGGAGAUCUGCGGGAGACGCUUACUUCUGAUUUGGGAACUGUGGAUUUCUUGUUGCUGGAUAUCUGGACUCCUCUCGCGCUCCCUGCGCUGAAGCUCGUCCAGCCGUACUUCCGACCUGGCGCUGUGAUCAUCGCCGAUAAUACGAUCAAGGCGGAUGAGAAGUACCGGGAGCUCUUUGCGUAUCUUGAUGCCGAGGGCAGUGGAUUCCGGCGAGUGACGAUGCCGUAUGAAGGUGGUCUGGAUAUGAUUGUUUACCAGUAG